UUUAAAGUGAGGCGUGUUCACUGAAUAUAUUACCCAUGGACUUGGUGGCAAUUGGUAACAAAGUUCAAGGAUCCUCAAGAGCACAAUUCUCGAAGAGAGCUCAGGGAAAGUUUGAAAGAUUGGAUAAUAUUUGUACUCCAUUGAAGAGAAAUGCAAAUUGAAUGUUGACAGUGUUGACCAAAUAAUUGAAGGUCUUUCAAGAACUUGCUCAAGGAACUGUAGUGAAGAUGGCAGAAAGCAAAACCAGCAUCAACUCAAAAGGAGGUGCCAAUGUGCUUGCUAAACGGGUACAGAAAAAAUUCAGCAGGGCGCAGGAGAAGGUGUUGCAGAGACUUGGUAAAUCUGAUGAGACCAAAGAUGAGCACUUUGAGCAUUGUGUGAUAAACCUACAAGACCAGCAGAAUGAUGCAUACAGAAUUUACAAAGAUCUUAAAGCGUACCUGAACGCUGUCAGAGUAAUGAGGGAUGCUUCAAGUCGACUGUUUCAGUCGCUGUUUGAUGCGUAUGACCCUGAGUGGAAUGGUGCAGAGGAUCUUGGGGUAGUUGUGGAGGGUGAAGAUCUUCUAUGGAAUGACUAUGAGGAUAAGCUGCGAGAUCAGGCGUUGCUCACCAUGGAUUCCUACAUGAGCCAGUUCCCAGAUGUCAGGGAACGAGUGGCCAAGAGAGGCAGGAAGCUUGUAGACUAUGACUCCGCUCGGCACAGCGUGACAGGGCUGAAGAACGCAAAAAAGAAGGAUGAUGUCAAAAUUGGAAAGGCAGAGGAUGAGAUGAAUGCAGCCAAGGUGAUUUUUGAGGAUAUAAACAGAGAACUGAAAGAUGAGCUGCCUAAUCUAUUUGACAGUCGCAUUGGAUGUUAUGUGACGGUCUUCCAAGCCAUUACCAGCUUAAGAGAAAUCUUCUACAAGGAAAUGACCAAGAACAAUCAAGAUCUACAAACUGUAAUGAAAGAGCUGAAAGACCAGCAUCCAGAUAAGACCUUCUUGGUGAAGAACUUCAACCGCUCAGGUUCCUUGAAAAGAAGGUCAUUUAGAGAUACUUUGUCUCCCAAAUCACUUAAAACCUUUUAUGAUUUCCACGUGAGUCACAGCCCCAGAGGCUCUCUCAGGAGAGAUAACUCAUCGAGUUUUAAGUCUGAUAAACCAAAAUAUGAACCAUACAGCCCUAAAAAGACCACUCCCACCAGCCCCCAACCUCAUUAUGAGAACGUUCCUCCUGUCAGAGAUACAGAUGCUAGUUCAAUAGACUAUCCUAAAGAGGAAGAUGAGCCACAUGUGGACAACACCAGCACCACUGAAGAUAAACCAGUGGAGGAUGAGAAGAAAGCGAACGAGUCUUCAACAGCCACAAACCAGGAUGAACAAGAAGACAGCCAUGUGUCAAAAGAUGAUUUAUCCUCUGAGAACGAGAGUGAACUUCAAGCAAACUCGACUCCUACAGAAUGUAACAAAGUCAAAACCAACACGGCCUCGAAUGACUCUCAGGAACCGGAGAAGGUGGAGGACCUCAGGCCCUCUGGUGUGGAGAAUGGUGUAGGUCGUGGCAGUCAGUCAGAUGGGGAACAAACCGAGGCUUCAGAAAAAGUGAGUUGUGUGGAGGGUGAUCAUCCAUCAGGAAAAGGGAAGGAAGAACUGAAAGCAGAGGCCAAACCCUAAAUAAAAGACAAAGGAAAAUAUGCUGGGUUUAGUACUCGGAAACCUGCCAGUGCCAGGAAAUAUGCAACAGAAGAGAGUAUUUUUAAUUUUAAUUAAAUGUCAUAAAUCUUUUUUGCCAUCACCAAUGAUAUGAGUUUGUAAAGAAAUGGAUUAUUGUUCAAUUAAAGCUAUAUAAAAUGAACCAAGUAAAAGAAAAAUCAUGAUUGUUUUAACUUUACUUGAUUAUUUUUACUCCUCACUUCUUGUCAGGAUGUGGACAUUUUUAAAUACAUUUUUAUUAUUUUUAACGUGACAUCCAAAGUAGGCUAUAUUAAAAUGAUUUAAUCGGUACAUUUGUAAUGUACUUGACAACCACAAGUCAAUAAAUAACUUUUAAAAAGUAACCCGGUCACGCAUUAUUGUUUUCUGGGUGGUGUUGGUUAAUAUUACUCACUUCGUGGAAUGCGACCAUUGUUUGAUUCCACGUGAGCGCGCAGGAGCAGGAGGAAACGCUCGGGAACGCGCACACAUUCAGCGUGCGCUUGCUUCACGCUGUCUCGAUUCAAUUUCAACGCGACCACUUUCGACAUUUUAUGAUUUCUCGGCUCGAGUUUAUUCGCAAAGGAGACGAAUCAAUCGCCAUUUUAACUUCGUUUACACCCAACUUCAAUACUUGAGGCCACUAUGACUGUCAAUGUGACUAGUUUUGCACCUGGUGAUGUUACACCGACACCUGCCGCUCCACAACAAACAGACUCUGCUGUCAUAGGAGUGGUAGUCGUGCUUGUCCUGGUAACCCUUGCCAUCUUUGGAUUCCUGCUGUACCGAUAUCUGUGCCACAACAAGGGUGUUUACAGAACUGCAGGUGAGCCCGCUCCAGGAAUCGACCCAGAUCAGGUCUACAAUGAUACAGUUACUUCAAACAAAAAGGAGUACUUCAUCUGACCUGCUUGGAGGAAUUCAAUCAAAGAUCAGCCUUGAUAGGGAUGGACUAUGCAGACCUCUAAAUAAAGUCUUGUGUGUGUGUGCCAGACACAGAACAGUGCAUGAGCGCAACCUCUAGUCUGUGCUCUGUGGAAGAAACGCUUAGUUAAAGGGAUAAAGUUUGAGUUGCAUGGUGCUGUGUAUUAUUGGAAGGAUUACCAGAAGCAAGAAAUAUUUGUGACAUCAAUAAGCUGAGGUUCCUCUUUGAUUUUUGUUUGGUAAAGUCACAAAGUUUUGCGACAACAAUCAUUUAUUUUGUGCUGCGUGAUAUUUUUAUGCCUAAAUAUAAUUUGUAUACUCACUGUUUCAGCAGAAUGUGAAGAAAGUCUGAUCUAUAUUGAAGCAUGUUUAUCUAUACUGCAUAUCAUUUAUAUGAGUAUCAUUCAAUUAUUUAUUAUUGUCUUGCAUGAGUUUAGCUGUGAGGUGACACUGCAUGUAAAUCAAAGCCGAACAUUAGAGGCAUUGUAUAGAUUUGGUUUCUUUUAAGAUGAAUGACACUAUGCUAUUAAGUGUUAUCUGCCUGUCUUUUUAUUUUUACUUUUUUUUAAAGUUGAAAUUAAGAUUUUAGUACAUUUUUAGAGAAUCCACUGUUACAGUGUCUUGCAAAAUAUUUAAAUGUCAUUUUUGGAGAUUAAUGCUCGUUUUUUUGUUAAGCUCAUGCUGUAACGGUGCCAAAUAUAAACAGUACCUCUGAAAGACAUCUGCUGAUCAUUGUUAAUGAUACUAGAUUUAAGGAGCUUGGACGCAAAAACCUCUAAAUGCAAGAUAAUGAUAUUAACCGGAAGCACGUAUUAUGCGUUUACCAAAUACUUUCGCUUAAAAUCCAGUUAAUCACAGCCUUGGGUCAUUCAGAAAUAAAACAGUUUGUUGGCAGAAUCCAUUAAGCGUUUGAAAACAAGUCAGACACACUUAGAGGGUUUUGCAUCCGAGCUCUUCAUAUGAUAUUUGAGUUAGCAUUACACUGAAAUAAAAAAGAUUCAUUCAAUUUACUCAAUUUUUUUAAGGUUAAG